AUGGAACCUGUUGAGCAGAAGGCUACUACAGAUGAAACCCAGACAUCCGAUAACGACGGCGGCGAACGUCCGGUGCGAAGGAAGCUGAAGGAAACCUCUAUUACCUCGGCACCGCAAAGCUUGAACCCCGCAAACGUUGAAGAGUCACAGCACGGUGGGAACAGCAGGGCGAGCAGCAGGGGUAGGAAGCGAUCAUUCAACGAAGACGAGGAGGAGAACAUUGAGGAGGACGCCGGCCAUAGACGGAAAAGGUCGCGCAGCUCGAACGUCGAAGAAGAGACCGGAAAAGUCCAGAACAACCUGUCGUCGAAGAUUAUGAGUCCGCAGAAGAAGAGAAGCCGGGAUCAACUGGAUAAAGAGGAGCCCAAGACGGAGGGCGCGGCCGGCGAGAAGGUCGCUGAGGAUUCCGCUGAGAAAGAGGCCAAGCCAGCAGCAGAAGGGGAACCCGAGAAAAAGCGGCACCGGGAUGAUUCUCAGGAGAGGGAGUCGGCUCCCCUUCCAAGCGCUUUUACGAACACUUCGUCCGUCUCCCCCUUCGGGUCCAUUGGAGCUUCAAAACCAGUUACCAAGGAAGACGCUUCAAACAAGCCUCAAACCACUUCCAGGUCCGCCUUUGCCUCAUCGAGCUUGGCUGCUUUCGCUGGCUCCGAACAGUCGCCUUUCGGCUCCAUUGGAGGCUCUACCGCAUCCGUAUUCAAAAAACCAGCUACUACAGAGCCCGAGAAACCUAAGACCGGAUUUGCUGCUGCAGCACCUUCUGGAUUCGGAGGUAUAAGCUCUGGAUUUGCUAGUUUCAGUGGCGGAUUUGGGGCGGCCGCUAAAACAGGGGGAGGCCUUACCAGCUUUGCUGCUCCAGGUGGUUCUAGUCUCUUGAACAGUACUUCUGCCAAACCGUUUGGAACUGCGGACGACAAUAAGAAGGAAGAGGAUGAAGAGGAAGACGAAGCUGAGAAGGGCCCUGGGGAGUUUGAACAAGACAAGACUGAUGAGAGAUUCUUUGAGCGAGAGAUCGAAACCGGUGAGGAGGAAGAAAAGACAUACUUCUCCUGCAAAGCGAAGCUCUUCCAAUUCUCCGACAUGGAAUGGAGAGAGCGCGGUAUUGGCACCUUCAAGGUGAAUGUUAAAGUAACAGACGGCAAGGAGGAUAAGAAAGCCGUACGACUGAUUAUGCGGGCCGAUGGCGUUGGGCGUGUUAUGCUCAACACGCCGAUUUUCAAGGGCAUGAACGUCGGUGAUGCUACAGGCAAGGAACCUAAGGCAACAAAGCAGAUUCUCCUGGCUAGUCUGGAGAGUGGCCGUUCUGCUCCGAUUCUGCUUCGGAACAGCGCGUCACCAUCCAUUGCCGAGCAAACUGCAACCGACAGUAAUACAGAGCCUCAUCAUGAGCCAAGCGAAGUACCGAAUAACCAGGGUAAAAUCAAAAGAGCAAGGUCAUUGAAGUCAUCAACACCCACACAAACCAACAGCAAUGGCACCGACAGCAACGGCGCCAAAACAAGCUGUGCGUCUCGCCAGCCCAGAAAACCAAGAGCCCCUGCCAAAAGAACACCAUCAGCUCCAUGGCCCGAUGAAUUCAAAGACUUUGCACGGACUUAUCGCGCCUUGAACCUCGUGUACACGUUCUGCUGCACGCGGAAGCAUUUCGCCACCACGUUUGAUAAUAUCAAGAAUGCGGUCCAGGUGCAGUUGGGAGAUAAUCGCGAGCUGACCGUGGAAGACAUUGCGAGGAUGAAGGCUCUUGUGCCUAGGGCUGUGAGAUUGGAGUACGUGGAUGAAGCGAGGUUGGAGGUUAUGGCGGUUGGGGAGAAUGAUAUGCUUGAUUAUAAGCUGGAGGGGUUUGAUGAUGGGAGAGUGAAGAAAGUUCUAUUCUUUGAAUUCCUCGAUGGUGAUUUGAAGCGGGAGACUCAGCCGGCGCGGAGAAAGACGAAGGAAGAAGAUCUGAGAAUGCCGGUCUAUAGCCAGAAGCAGAUGCUAAAGUUGAUUGAGAAACGGAAUGCGAAGUUUUCAGACGCUGUUGAUGCGUUCCUGGUUCAAUGCGAGGAUGGGGGCUUGGAGCCAGUCGAGCAAUUGGAGCGCAAGAAAGAUAUGAUGAUCCCAUCACCUCCCGAUAGUGGUGUCAAUACUCCCGCUGCUAUUUUGGCAUCGUCAAAGCCGCAGCUGCCACGCGAGAUCCCAAAGGAACGGAAGUCCAUAGCAGAGAUCAUCGAAGAGGUUCGAGAACUAGAUUGGUACUCUGCCCAGAUUGUCCCAGAUGGCCACAGGGCCUUCGAUGCUCAGCCAUCUGUCUAUGGUGAUUUGUCGUUUCAGCUUACCCAGAACAUGGUCGAUGCCCUGUAUAACACCAAGGGUAUUACGCAGUUUUACUCCCAUCAGGCGGAAGCGAUCAACCAUCUGCAUGAAGGUCAUAAUGUCAUCGUUUCUACGUCCACAAGCUCCGGAAAGUCAUUGAUAUACCAAAUUCCCAUGUUGCACGAGCUUGAGAAAGAUCAUAAUAGCAGGGGAAUGUAUAUCUUCCCGACCAAGGCUCUGGCGCAGGACCAAAGACGCAGUUUGAAAGAUCUGCUACAGUAUAUGGAUGGCCUGCAGGAUACCAUUGUGGAAACAUUUGAUGGCGAUACACCCAUGGAAGAUCGCAACCUGAUCCGCGAGGAAGCACGUAUCAUUUUCACUAAUCCUGAUAUGUUGCAUAUCACAAUUCUUUCGCGGGAAAAUGCUUGGCGCACGUUCUUGCAAAACCUCAAGUUCGUCGUAGUUGACGAACUGCAUGUCUACAAUGGUCUCUUUGGUUCGCAUGUUGCAUUUAUCAUUCGACGGUUACGCAGGCUUUGUGCUGCUGUGGGUAACCAGGAUGUCAAAUUCAUCUCAUGCUCGGCUACCGUUGCGAACCCUGAAGAACACAUGAAGGCUGUUUUUGGCAUUGAUGAUGUGAAACUGAUAGACUUCGAUGGUUCACCCUCUGGCCACAAAGAAUUUAUAUGUUGGAAUACACCUUUCAAGGAUCCAGGAGACCCGACAUCAGGACGUGGAGAUUGCGUUGCGGAAACUGCGAGGCUUUUCUGCCAACUGAUAGCGCGGGGUAUUAGGGUCAUCGCGUUCUGUCGAAUCAGGAGAAUGUGUGAGAUUCUCCUCCAGGCUGUGAGGAACGAAUUCCAUAACCUCGAGCGCCCCGAAAUCGGUAAGCUGGUAAUGGGAUACCGAGGUGGCUACAGCCCGCAAGACCGGAGGAGGAUCGAGAAAGAAAUGUUCGAAGGCCAACUGAUGGGCAUAGUUGCGACUAACGCCCUCGAGCUGGGUGUUGACAUCGGCUCUCUCGACGCCGUCAUCACCCUUGGAUUCCCAUAUUCGAUCUCCAACCUGCGUCAGCAAAGUGGUCGAGCUGGAAGGAGAAAUAAGGAUUCACUUUCCGUGCUGGUUGGCGACAAGUUCCCAACAGACCAAUACUACAUGAAGAACCCUGGUGAACUAUUCACGAAACCAAACUGCAAGUUGCAGAUCGACCUUGCAAAUGAGCUUAUUCUGGAAGGACACGUGCAAUGCGCUGCGUUCGAGAUGCCCAUUCAACCCGACCAGGACAGCAUUUACUUUGGCGAGAAACUUCCAGCAUUGGCAGCUACAAGACUGGUCAAAGAUGAAUUUGGGUUCUACCAUUGCCAUGAACGGUUCAGACCGCAGCCCUCCCGGUGCGUCUCUAUCCGGGAUACAGAGGACCAGCAUUUUGCCGUCAUCGACACGACGCACGCGAGGAACGUGGUUCUGGAGGAAGUCGAAGCGUCGCGGGCCUUCUUUACAAUUUACGAAGGUGGCAUCUUCCUACAUCAAGGCCAAACCUACCUGGUCCAAGAACUCAACACGAACAGACGGUUCGCCCGCGUCGUCCGCGUCCAUGUGGACUGGACCACGAUUCAGCGGGAUUACACCGACAUCGAUCCAAUCGAGACAGAAGCAAUGCGCUUAAUUAGCGACAAGGACUCCUCUUCCUCAUCUUCAUCUUCAUCACCACCUUCCCGUGUCUACUACGGCUCUGUCCAAAUCCACGCCGUCGUAUACGGCUUCUUCAAAAACGAUAAGCGCGGCCGGAUCCUUGAUGCCAUAGCAGUGGACAACCCACCCAUCGACAUCUUCACCAAAGGUAUCUGGCUCGACGUGCCCAAACGGGCCCUCGAGAUCCUCGACUCCAGACGUCUGAAUAUCGCCGCUGCGAUUCACGCCGCCGAACACGCCGUGCUCUCUUUACUCCCUACCUUCGUCAUCUCAUCUCCAGGCGAUGUCCGCACAGAAUGCAAGGUAGCCAAGAAGGAGCUAGGGAAGAACCUCAAACUCGCCAAUGAGACCCCUACUGGCAGUGCCAAUAUCAACGCUUAUCAGCCACGGAUUCAAAAAACCAGAGACCUCCAGCCACCCUCCCGCAAACGUCCAGCUCGUCUUACCUUUUACGAUGCGAAAGGUGGCUCCUGUGGUUCCGGGAUCGCUGGUAAAGCCCUCGAGUUUAUCGAUGUGCUCCUCCGUCGCGCCAUCUCCCGCAUCGAAUCAUGCCAUUGCAUCACGCCUCAAGGCUGCAUUGAGUGCGUCUGCGACGAGCGCUGCAAGGAGAUGAACGUGGUUAUGAGCAAGGUGGGUGCCAGUGUUGUACUGAGGUGCUUGUUGGGUUUGGAGGUCGAUGUUGAUACCUUACCUUGGGGAGAGGGAUAUUUCGAAGAUGAGAGGGCUAAUGGUGGUAGUAGUGGUGCUGGCGGGGAAUUGGCGGGUGGGUUGGAGACAGUUGUUGAGGCGCAGGAGGUUCCAUGGAAGAGGGGAUACUCGCAUUCUUUGUGA